GGCGCCUAGUCAUACGUGAACGGUUACGUAAUAUUUGGGCGACUCUGCUUCUUGUUUGAAAUCGAAACCUGGACCUAAAACUAUACUGUCUAUGCCUAAAACCUCGAUAAUGUUCGCUGAUAAUUUACGGAGAUGGAUCCGAGCCGAAACAUAAACGAUGUUUCCUCCAGCCAUGGAGAGUACAGCAGUAUACGAACGAAGAACACUGAAGAGUACCGGGAAUCAAUCAAAUAUCAAACCACCCCAUGUUCCUUCGUCAGCUGAGCUCCUUCGGCUCCUCCUUCCUUCCUCGCGGCCGUCCCCCGCUCUGCAGGGCUGGCUUCAGGAGCAGCGGUGCCUCCUCCUCCUAUUUCCCGCGUUGCAUCCCCGCUCCUCAUCCAUGGUGCCCCCCCCGGCUUCCCGGACUCCCCCGCUCCCACCCAGCAGCCCGACGGGUCUUCUCUGGUAGGGCGCUACAGCCUCGGGGCGUCAGCCGGGGGAACUUAGGCGGUAGCUGGCAUCCGUUCUCCACCUCAGCCGGCCUCAUGACGGAGCGGCCUGACAGAGAGCCUCCUCACAAACGGAGGAAGAGUGCAGAGGAGAGGAGGAGCGCUGGAGAAACCGAACACCCGAGAGGAGGAGGAGGAGGAGGAGGAGGAGGAGGAGGAGGAGGGCACGAGGCGACGGCAGGCAAGGCCAAGGACGGAGGCUCCAAGAGGGAGCACCAUCACCGGGAUUCCAGCGCAGACAGCCGCCCUCGGCCACACCACGGCUUCAAAGAUGGAAGUAAAGACCGAGGGAAGAAGGGAGCUGGAAAAGGCCCCGGUUUGGCACACAGCAGAGAUAAAGAUGUAGAAAGGACUAAAACUGGGACUAAAGACACACAGGAAGUGGCCGAAACCCCAAACCGAGGGCAUAGAGACUCACAGCCUCAAACCCCCAAGUCGAAACCCAAACCGGAUCAAGUUCCCAUGCACAGACCCAACCCCUGGUUCAAAGACAGCGGUGCAGAGGAGCAGGGAGGGGGGGCGGGGCUUCUUUCCCAGCAGGAAGCCGGAGCCAGCGGGCAGCCUCCUCCAACUGGAACCUGUCCACCUGUUGGACAACAGGAAGACGCCAAACCAACCAAAUCUCUUCAGAGACACUGGGAGGCCUCGCCUGUCUGCAGUGCCGACACCCAACCGCCAGGGGACAGCCCAGCGUUUGACUUCUCGGUGAUGUCCUACAACAUCCUGUCCCAGGACCUGCUGCAGGACAACGCCUACCUGUACCGACACUGUCACCCCGGCGUCCUGCCCUGGGACCACCGGCUGCCCAACCUGCUGGCUGAGAUCCAGCAGCACAACGCUGAUAUUCUGUGUCUUCAAGAAGUCCAGGAGGACCAUUAUGAAAACCAGAUUAAACCUGCUCUACAGGCACUAGGUUACCAUUGUGAGUACAAGAAGCGAACCGGAGGGAAACCGGACGGCUGUGCUGUUGUCUUUAAAACCUCGCGCCUGUCACUCCUCUCGUCCAAUCCCGUUGAGUUUCUCCGCCCCGGCGACGCCCUCCUGGACCGGGACAACGUGGGCUUGAUUGUGCUGCUGCGGCCCGUCGGCGCCACGAGCCAAUCGGACCCCUCCGCCUUCAUCUGCGUGGCCAACACUCACCUCCUCUACAACCCUCGGCGCGGCGACAUCAAACUGGCCCAGCUGGCGAUCCUACUGGCCGAGAUCAACCGGCUGUCCCGCCUCCCGGACGGGGCGACCAGUCCCGUUGUGCUGUGCGGGGACUUUAACUCGACGCCGCAGAGUCCGCUGUACAGCUUUCUGACCACGGGCUGUCUGAAGUACAAAGGGCUGCCGAACAGCAUGGUGUCUGGUCAGGAGAACAGUCCCAGAGGUCAGCGUCUCCUCACGGCUCCGCUCUGGUCUCCCAGUUUGGGAAUCAACCACCAGUGUCAGUACGAGAACCAAGCCGCCGCUGAGCCGUCCUCCAGCAGCCCUACAGCAGUAGAAGGAGCGAUCUCUAAUCUGACUGUAGAAGAUGUCGCCAACAAAGCUGCCGCUGCUGUUGCUUUUAACAGAAAGAGGAUCGAGCACAGCUUGAAGCUGCAGUCGUCCUACCAGCACCACCUGAAGCCUGAUGGGAGACCUGAGAUCACCACCUGUCACUCCCGCACGGCCAUGACUGUGGAUUACAUCCUGUACACUCCCGAAAUCCUCGCGCCUCCUUCACUUCCUGGUGGGCGGGGCCUCCAACUGCUGGGCAGGCUGUCAUUGGUCGGCUGGUCGGAGAUGGAGGAAGUCAACGGCCUGCCCAACCAGUACCACUCGUCCGAUCACCUCCCUCUCCUGGCCCGCUUCCGCUUCCGGCGCUGACCCGGGGGGUGGGUCCCGGGACAGCCAAUCACAGCUCUCGCAGCACGGCGCCUCAACAAGGGCAGCUCAGGGAAGACGGAAGCGUUUAUCGAUUUUAAAGUAAAACCCAAAUUAAUCCAAAUAAAGUUCAAGUUGUUUUCUCACACGCAACUGAAACAGGAUUAACAUCACACAGCUGUGGCGCACAGGCGCAUUUAUUUUGGUGUUUGAGUUACAAACCUUCUUUUAGAGUAUUUUUCCUUUUAACUUGAUCCACUUUAAUAUUUGUAAUGUCUUAAAUACACUUAAAUAAUAAUUCAGUUAGUGGGUGCAAUGUGUGGGAACCCCCACAGCGUUGCUAAAGUACCAAUAGCUUAUUGGACCACGUCUAAAUGUCUGAAUUUUAGACUAAUGGCUGAAAUUUGUCCAUUUUGCAUUUAUUGCAAUCUUUGGAAAACCUUAAUUUAAUUUUGAAAAUCUACAGAGGUUUCAUAACUUUCACAGUGCAGAAGGAUGACAGUUCACCUGCACAGUCCCUGUUGCAUCCCUGCUUAGCAGUUCAGUGUAGCGAUGAAAAAGAAAAACCAAUGGCUUGUAUAUACAAA